GAAUCGCGCACCGAGAACCUAGUAGCCUGGGUAUCCCAACUUCGGUACGAUGACUUGCCGCGACCAGUCGUCGAACAGACCAAGGAACUGUUCCUGGACUGGUUGGCUUGCCCCAUGGCCGGAAAGAAUCAUCCCGCCAUAUCGGUCAUCGACACGUUUGUCCAAGAGAUGGGACCAGCAGGCGACCGGAGCGAAAUCAUCCAUGACCCGGAUCGGUCGACCAGCCAGGCCUCUGCGGCCUUCUCAACGGGGCCUGUUCACACGUUGUGGAGCAAGACGACCUGUAUGAUUCCUCCAUAUUUUGGGAUCGGUCUGAUUCAGAAUUUAAGCGACGGUCGUUUUCCUGACGGCCCUGGCCGUAGCCCAAGAGGUCGGCGUAGAUGGUCGAUCGUUCCUCGCGUCGUGGGCUAUUAUGUGGCCUGUCGAACUGGAGAAUAUCUAGGUGGAAGCCAUUACCAGAAAUCUCACACUACGGCGACUGCAGGAGUUGUCGGGGCGGCGGCGACGGCCGCGUAUCUUCUCCGAUUAGAUCCAAAACAAAUGCUGUCAACGAUCGGAACAGCAGGGACUCAGGCAGCGGGCUGGUGGCAAUUUCUCCUCGACGCCCUAUUUCGGAUUGCUUGA